UGGAGAAGGUGCUCGGGUACACGUGUCCUCCUGGGGUCUGCAGACAACAAUCAAAGCAAAUUCAAUUAGUGGUUUCGAUCAUAGGACUACAUUGCACAUCAGGGUGCAUCUCCUCGGCGAGACGGGAGGGUUACCCAUGGUGGUGAAGUUGCCGCAGACAAGCCGUGCAUGGUACUGACCACUUUCCUUCAGGAGUACCGGCUCGGGUAUCAGACUAACGUUGAGGUACCCGCUGGAUGUCUGCGGUCCUUCUGCAAGAAAACAACACCUGCAUGGAUUCCUGACCGUGCAGGCGGUUUAUUCUAGUCAACAACCUGCUGUGACCUGAACACAAGACCCGGGUGGCAGUGUGUAAUGUUGAGUUGUUUGAGAGUGAGAGAGAAUGUCAGAGGAAAAAGGAUGCGAGCGCCAGGCAGGGUCAAAGUGCACUCUACUAAUUGUGCUGUGGGCUGAGAGGUUGGCGGCCAAUCAAUGACGUCUCUCCACAUGCACGUGCGCGUUGUGCGCAUGUUUGUCAGUCGUGCUCUGCCUCGCAAGUGUAGUUCCGGACUUUCCUACCCACGGGUACAAAAGGGAGGUCAGCCUCAUGCGGUGCUGUCGACCCGGAGGAAAUUCGCAGUUUCAUGUCGAACCUCCAUCAUGUCGAACUCUGACCUCGCGCUGUGCCUGUCUCAAGUGCGCCUCACAGUGAUGGAAGCAUUACUUCUCUCAAACAUCCUGCCAGUGCUGGGCCCUGAGGCUGUGUGGACGACUUGUGCAGAGCCAGCGCCAGUAGCUAACACUUAUCGUAACGUGACACAGAGCGAGCUCGGCAACGACAUCAACUACACCUGCUACAGCAGCUACACGCACAAGGAGGGCGACCUGGACAGGCGAUGUCAGGCAACAGGGCAGUACAGCGGGACACCACCCACCUGCGGUCUUGUCUGUGGCCCGGUGAAGCCAUUCCAGAACCAAAAUACUCUGGUGUUGACUGACGACGAGGGAGGCAUCGCCUUUACUCUCUGUGAAGACGAGUAUCCUACAGAGUCAUCGUCCUCCGGCGAGCGAGAGAUCACGUGCUCGGCUGACUUGGGCAGAUGGCAGCCCCUCGUCUUCUACUGUGGUAAGAUACUUGAUCUCCACAACAUCUCUCUGUCCUCGACCCUGACGACUGGCGCCGCUGGCUGGGUCACACAGGAGGAGGUGGCGCCGGAGUGGGAGGCUGGCCUCGCGGCACCCGACGCUCGGGAACUUUACGACGUUGAUGAAGUCAGUCUCCUGGUUGGAGACACCAUGACAGACGCUGUUUUGACUGUGGCGCAAACCGGCGGCUCGUUCGGCGAAUGUGGAAACGUCACCACGUCCAGCAUAGAGCGCCUCUACCUCCUCAAGUGCGACACUAGACAGGGGAGGAAACCCUGGGGACAUAGCAUCAAAGUCACUGCACGGUUCCUGGAUGGAAACCCUGGGAGACUGGAACUUCGUGACGUCAGCGUUCAAGGUCGAGUACAUGCCGAUAACUGUCCUAGUCCACUCAACAUACCCCGCCUUGAGAUGACGUCAGCACUGCAGUCCGAUUACGUCAGCGGGGACACGGUGGAGUACGCGUGUAUCAGCGGCUUGCACGAGCUGCGGGGCUCCGGUGUCUCCGAGUGUUCUCCUUUCGGCUCGUGGACUACUCCAACCUUGGUUUGCACCGACGAAGAGAAUUUUGCGAGGUGGGAGCAGGUGGAGACGAGGGCGCAGACCAAGGCGGGUGGAUGGCCCCCGGUGACCUGGCACUGGUUACCGACCCACACACAGACACGUGCUACUCGGAGACCAGCCAACAUGACGUCAUCGUCUACAGAGUGCAUCUCCCACAGGAAGUGGAAGUACAUACAGUCACGGCUGUAACAACGGGCCCGUUGACAUCCAUGGAGGUCAGCAUAGUGUCGUCUGCUGUGCAGCGACUUAAGACGUGCGGCAGCGAGCGUGUGACGUCGUCCUUCACGUCGGUGACGUGCGAGCAGAUGUUUCCCGGCGACGUAGUUGAAGUGACGAUGACUCGAGUGAACAGCAGCCUUGCUUUCGACAUAUGCGAUGUGGGUGUGUACGGCAGGCUGUACCAACGUCGACUGCAGUGCAAGAGAACCGUGAGAGGAGUAGAGUACAAAGGAACUCAGAACAUCACUGUGACAGGAGAGAGUGUGUUGUGUGGGUGGACACCCUCACCCUGCUGCCCACCCUUCACCUGGACCUUCCGGACAUGACAGUGGAGGACGCAGGGAAUUUCUGCCGCAACCCGGGCGGGAUGCACACAGGUCCUGUCUGCUAUGUCUGGACACGUGACGGAGGCCUGCAGCUAGAAGACUGUGAUGUUACACUGUGUGGGACAUCCUGCCGACUACGUGAUGACGGCCAAAUUACGUUGGAAAUCUCAACGUCACUUCCGACGGCCGCGCAUGCGUGCAGUGGGAUCUUCCGGCACUUCCCUUCCGGCGCAGUGAGGACUUCAACUGGCCCAGCAGCGCCAGCGGAGGAAGAAAGGAUCUCUCUGCCUGUCGGAAUCCUGCAGGCUCGCAGUCAGGGCUCUGGUGCUACGUCAACGAGAAGACCCUGGACUAUGGGCAUUGCAGUCUGCCUCUUUGUGAAAGUUCAAAAGAGACACGAACGUUGCCGGGUGACAUGCAUGCGUCAGCAGCUAACGACACUUUGGCUCUGGAAGGGGAGGAGCAGUCGGUGUUCGUGUCCACAAACCCAGCGCCCUCUGUCAGCACUGUCUACUCGCUGCUGACGUCCACCUUACCACCCUCAAACGUCAGCAGUCCCGCUGUCCAUCUCCCGACUACAGCCGAGGGUCAACUGUCUCCAUGGUCUAUCUCACUACAACUACACUACACUACAACGGAAAAUCAACCGUCACCACUGUCUAUAUCCGCGACUACAACUGGAGGUCAACGUCCUCCACUUACAACCGAAGGUGACCCGUCUCCAUUGUCCAUCGACUUGACUACAACUGGAGGGACAACGGAAAUCAACCGUCACUACUGUCUAUAUCCCCGACUACAACUGGAGGUCAGCCUCCUCCACUUACAACCGAAGUGACCGUCUCCAUUGUCCUAUCGACUUGACUACAACUGGAGGUCAACCUCCUCCACCUUCCAACUUCUUGGCUGCAGCCGAAAGUCAACCGUCUUCACCUGCCAUCUCCUCGCCUAACACCAAACGUCAGCCAUCUUCAUCGACGAGCACCGCAAUGA